AUGUCUUAUGCGUUUCCUCGUUGCCGGUGCGCAAUGUUGGUAGGAACGCCAUUAUCUCUGUGUAAUUCCUCCUUGCGGCGCACUGCAGUUUGUGGUCUCCAUUGUCGUUUCUCAGUAUGUUAUCACAACUUGUUUACAUCCAUACGUGCACAUGGUAGCAUCCAUAAGGCGAAUGAUAAGAAAAAGAAUAAUAAUAAUAAUACCGGUGGUUCUCUUCACUCUACUGCAAACAAGAUGAGUACAAGCUCUCAUGUUGAUAUGGAUAAUAAUGAUGCUACUACUACUUCUACGGUUCAUCGUGGUGUUAACCGUAAUACGACUGUAUCUAAUGUACAUUCUCCUCUUCUCCCGUUGGAGAUGUUUUUUCAAAUUGUUAGUCCACGUAUUGCCACAGCUCCGUGUGUAACCCGGAUUGGUUCAUUAUAUAGUAAUCUACCGCCUGUCUUGGAGGAGGCUGUAGAGAGUACGAAGCCCAUUCCUCAUGGAGUUCCUCGGGAAACUCAUCGAUGGAUUCGUCAUCAAUUUGGUACUAUUACUUCUGGAUUACAGCAGUUGUACUUGACAAAUAAAACCUCUCACUGGGGUGUGUAUAUCUCUGAGGAUCAAUUGUUUGUCGUGAAGGCUUCUUGUGAAGAAGAGGCGAAAGAGGCAUUUGCGGCUGUACUUGCCGUUAGGGCGAGUGGUCCAUUAUGUGAAACCGAGAGUCUUUUUGAAGUCUUUCAACCGGUUUUCCCAUGCUUUAAACCCCCACCUCCACUAUCAUUAUCAUCAUCAUCAUCAUCAUCAUCAUCACAGCCAUUAGGUCGCAGUAUGGGAAAUAAAAGUGCGAAAAAAUAUAUUUCAGAUACGGUGUUUACACCACAGAUGUUAGUUCCAUAUGUUCCAACGUAUUUUAUUCCCAUGUCUGCAUUAUUAACUGUACUCCCCGAUGGAUAUACAGCUGAACACAUCGAACGUAUUUUUGCCGCUACUGGAACCUUAGAGAUUGUAACACUAGAAGGUGAACAAUUUGUACGAUUGCAUGGAGGGAAACGAUUGGUAGAUUUUACACGUGAGGCUGCAGGAGAAGCGGCGCAUAUCCGUUGGCGAGAGUUUCAACCGGAUCCUUUUCUCUGUGAAGCCUUUCGUCGUCUUUUACCCCCAUCACCUCGAUGGGCAUCUCUGCGUACAUUGAUUAAUCAAGCUCCAUCAUCACUACUACAAGCAUUAUUGCCUUGGAAGAAUUAUAAAACUAUUCUCUACUUUGCCCAAAUGCAACAUGUGUUUAGUUUCACACCAGCUGGUGAAGGUGAGGUGUGUUGGCUUGGAAAUGUGACGUGUUUAUCUUUUCAUGAUAGUCCCACACCAGCGGUGGUGUCGGAGUUAGUUGGUAUACUCACAGGACAACGUAUAUGUAUAGCGGAUUUAUUGAAUCCACAUAUUCCCCGUAUCUCUGAUCAUGCCAAAAUGCAGAUUAUUUUAUACUAUGGGACACUUGUUAAGUUUUUUCAUGUUCAUGGAGAUGUCUUUUACCUUAAUGAUGAUGAUGGGGUGGUGGGACUUGUAUCUGAAGGAAAAAAUACGGCGGAGAAAACCACACAUACACUUGAAGAAAAACUAGAAGAUGCUUUAGUAAAAAAAGACCGUCGUACUGCACAGAAAUUAAGACGCCGUUUAGCAUUAGAAAAAGAUCCGGAUAAUCCAUAUGCUGAUCGUGAAGUAUUAUUGGAUGCUGUUCUUCGUUAUGUCCCACAACAUCGCUCAAUCUCACUACAUUUUCUACUUAAAUCACUCCCACCAUCCUUAACGGAUUUCCUCCCUAGUAAACCUAUUUCCUUAUUUCAACAGGCACCAGAAAAGGUGCGGUUAUUUGAGUAUCGCUACCGUCAUCGUAUGCAUCUCAUUCGCCCUGGUGUACCAUUACCUCAAGGUGUUCUGCGGCAGAAAUACACAGAAGAGGAAUUACUAUUCUUAUGUGCUGCAGAACUUCAACAACAACCACGUGUAGCCUCUGAUCUCUACGGCCGUCUCCCAUACGGGGCGAAGGAAAUCAUACGUCUUCAAUAUAAAGGUUUAGUACAGCUCUUACAACGAUAUCCUCAAUACUUUACAGUUGUCUUUAAGGAUAGUGUGCGGAUGGACUCCCGCUCAGCAUUAGUGACACUUCUGCAAAUGCCAAAAGGUGUACAACUUAGUGAAGAAGAUUACGGUGCCAUGGCUCCACAAACACCGGAAGAACAGCGCCAAUUAGAGGAAGAAGACAGAGCAGCCAUACAAACACUACCAGAAGAAAUACAACAAACCAUGCGGCUAACGGAGGCAGAAUAG